GUUUCAUUAAAGGGAUUAAAGGGAUGAUUUACUAUUAUGCCUCUUCUUUUGAUUAAUUAAAAAAAAAUUCAGUCGUCGUCUCCCAUCGUCUCCGCACCGUCUCUGUCGUCUCCACAUCGUCUCCGCCUUUGUCUCUGCGUCAUCUCAGUCGUCGUCUCAACCUAUAAUAAUGAGAUCAGAUCGCCGCUGUCAAAUCAUCUCUAUAACAUCAUCGUCUGCUUUGUAUCUGAGAAAUCUUCGUUGAUAUAUUCAACCAUUUGCAGCUUUAGUUCACUGGUAUUUUCUUAUAUUUCUGUUUUGUUAGAUUGAUUAGGUGGAAUCAGCCGCAUUUUGCAGGAUUGAAUGUCUUUGAAAAACUUAGGUUUAGUGUCUCUGUUGUUCGGGAGUUCAACUCAGUGUCGGCACUCUGUGUGUGUUCUGAGUGGUCUUAUUACACACUCUGUUCACCUCUAUUGCAGGUUCAGUUGGCAAGAGCAAUUUUGGUGUAGAUACCCAGAUGAUUUCUUGGACAUUGCUAAGAACAGGAGUUCAUACGGCACGAGAUCCCUUGUGUACUCGUGGAUUACAUUGUGUAGUACGUUUGCAAAACUGGAUACGCACUUCACCAGCACGUUCUCUACAAUACAAACGCAUGGGCAGAAAGGUCAUUUAAUAAGCUCCAGCUUAGUGCUGAAGAGUGAAGACUGAAGAGGAAGAAGCUCAGCUGUUGCAAUGUUGCUUGGGAAUCACUGAGCUAUGAUAACCUUUGUAAACCCAAGUCAUUUCUCAAUUCUCCAUGUUCGAUCCUCCACAUAAUCUUUUUUUUUGAAAUUUAAUAAAAAGCUGUUGAUUAUACUCUUUUUCUUACAUCAACAAACGAUUAUAACACUCUUGGUCUACUGGCCACCCACUACAA